CGGAGGACGAGUGGGAGUGAGACCCCCUCGGAAGCGAAAGAGCCGGCCAAUGACGGCUGAUGAGCCACGCCUCUUGCUCCAUGGCGACGCCGCAUGCUCCCUCGGGAUUGGUUGCAGAGCCGGAAGUAAAGAAUCGGCGCCAAAAUAGAAUGCUGAGUGGGGGUGAAGGUUUCCUUGUCUCCUCAAGUGAUCUGCGGUGGUACGGUGCUUUCUGUGGGACAAAAGCCCUCGCUUGUUGAGGGAGGUCGGCGUCGUUGUUGUUGUGUUCCCUCAUCGCCAGGGUUGUGUGGUGAGGCCCUUUAGCGGGGCUCCUCUUUGCCUCCGCGGGCGCUGUGGUGGGGAGAAGGAGGCCGAGUCUUCCGCGAGGUCUUCAAGGUACCUCAGGGUCUUUGCUCCCAGCCCUGCAGGUGUAAUCCUCCUGGCAAAUAACUCUAAUAUAAAUUAAAUCUUUUCCUGGUAAAAAUUUCUCUCUUUAGCUCAGUUUGUUAUCGUGUUCCCAAACUGACGCCUGCGGAGCGAGAUGAGUAGGGACCCCAGAGGCAGGGGGUGCCCUCGGGCAAGAGGCUUUCAGGGAUGGCGAGGAGGGUGGCGAGGUGGAUGGCGAGACAGAGGACAGAAGGGAGGUAGGAGAAGAAUGUCUGAACCUGCUUAUGCUGACAAGUCUCCUUUUGUCCAGAAGACUCAAGCCUUUGAGAAGUUUUUCAUGCGACGCAUUGAACUUUAUGAUAAGGAUGAAAUAGAAAGAAAAGGAAGUAUUCUAGUGGACUAUAAGGAACUAAUACAGGACAGAGAAUUGACUAAAUCAAUACCAAAUAUAUCUACUGAAUUAAGGGAUAUGCCUCAGAAAAUACUGCACUGUAUGGGUCUCGCAAUUCAUCAGGUGCUAACAAAGGACCUUGAAAGACAUGCUGCAGAGCUGCAGGUGCAGGAAGGGUUACCGCUUGAUGGAGAACCUAUAAUAAAUGUGCCUCUCAUUCAUGCCAGGGUAUACAAUUAUGAUCCACUAACUCAGCUGAAAAAUGUUCGGGCCAACUGCUAUGGAAAAUAUAUUGCCUUGCGUGGUACUGUUGUGCGUGUCAGUAACAUUAAGCCUCUGUGCACUAAGCUAGCUUUUGUAUGUGGCACAUGUGGAGAUGUUCAGAGUGUUCCUCUACCUGAUGGAAAGUAUACUCUUCCCACUAAGUGCCUUGUUCCUGAGUGCCGUGGUCGGUCCUUCACAGCUGACAGAAGCUCUCCUUUAACCACUACAGUGGACUGGCAGUCCGUUAAGGUGCAAGAACUCAUGUCAGAUGAUCAGCGAGAAGCAGGCAGAAUCCCUCGCACAAUUGAAUGUGAACUGGUUCAAGAUCUUGUGGACAGCUGCGUACCAGGAGAUAUGGUCACAAUUACAGGGAUAGUAAAGGUGUCGAGCACUGAGGAAGGAGCUUCUAAAACUAAGAAUGAUAAGUGUAUGUUCUUGUUAUACAUUGAGGCAAAUUCUGUCAGCAACAGUAAAGGACAAAAAACAAAGAACUUUGAUGAGACUUUUCAAAGAUCAUUCAUGGAGUUUUCACUUAAAGACCUCUAUGCUGUUCAGGAAAUUCAAGCAGAGGAAAACCUGUUCAGGCUCAUCGUGAACUCUCUUUGUCCUGCAAUCUAUGGCCAUGAGAUUGUAAAGGCAGGUUUGGCCCUGGCAUUAUUUGGAGGAUGUCAGAAGUUUGCAGAUGACAAGAACAGAAUCCCAGUGCGAGGAGAUCCACAUGUUCUGGUCGUUGGAGAUCCAGGAUUAGGAAAAAGUCAAAUGUUGCAAGCAGUGUGUAAUGUUGCUCCUCGAGGUGUGUAUGUUUGUGGUAACACUUCCACCAGCUCUGGCCUGACUGUUACACUGUCUAGAGAUGGUGCUUCUGGAGAUUUUGCCUUGGAAGCUGGUGCUUUAGUGCUUGGAGACCAAGGUAUUUGUGGAAUAGAUGAAUUUGAUAAGAUGGGAAACCAGCAUCAGGCUUUGUUGGAAGCCAUGGAACAGCAAAGUAUUAGCCUUGCCAAGGCUGGCAUUGUUUGCAGUUUACCAGCUCGGACAUCCAUCGUUGCUGCAGCAAACCCAGUUGGAGGACAUUAUAACAAAGCCAAAACAGUGUCUGAGAACUUAAAAAUGGGGAGUGCUUUACUGUCAAGAUUUGAUCUAGUUUUCAUUUUGCUGGACACCCCAAAUGAAGAUCAUGAUCACUUGCUGUCUGAGCACGUGAUGGCAAUCCGAGCUGGAAAGCAGGCAGCAUGCAGCAGUGCUGUUGUGACUCGUACCAACGCACAGGAUCGCUCUGUUCUCGAAGUUGUUUCAGAUCGACCGCUACUUGAAAGACUGAAGAUCUUACCAGGACAAAACUUUGAUGCCAUUCCACAUCAGCUGCUGAGGAAGUACGUCGGAUAUGCUCGGCAGUACGUUCACCCAAAUUUAUCUCCAGAAGCUGCUCAGGUCCUCCAGGAAUUCUACCUUGAGCUCCGGAAACAGAACCAAGGAGUAGACAGUACACCAAUCACCACGAGGCAACUAGAGUCACUGAUUCGACUUACAGAGGCACGAUCAAGGCUGGAAUUAAGGGAGAAAUCUACCAAGGAAGAUGCUGAGGAUGUAAUAGAAAUAAUGAAAUACAGCAUGCUGGGAACCUACUCAGAUGAGUUUGGAAAACUGGACUUUGAACGUUCACAGCAUGGGUCUGGGAUGAGCAAUCGCUCACAAGCAAAAAGAUUUGUUUCUGCCCUUAACAGUAUUGCAGAGAGAACUUACAACAAUCUAUUUGACUUGCAACAGCUUCAACAGAUUGCUAAGGAGCUACAAAUACAAGUAUCUGACUUUGAAAGCUUUAUUGGAUCCCUAAAUGAUCAGGGUUACCUUUUGAAAAAAGGUGCAAGAGUGUAUCAGCUUCAGACUAUGUGAAAAGAGCCACUGUAUUAAACUUUCUUGAGACCUAAUCGUUGGAUCUGCAGCAAUAACACACGCCAAACUGCAGCCUAGCACAGCAGUCAAUGCACAGCUGGCACUGUUGCUUACUGAGGUGUGAGUUUCCCUUUCAGAAACUCCUAGUGCCAACAGGCUCGCUUUAAGCUGCCAUAGGACAAACUGACAUGUGGUAUCACUGAUUUGGCUCAUCCUAUAGCUCUGCUAGCCCAAAUGAGACUGUAAGACUAGCAUGUACUUCAUCAUCCUUGAGGAGUGGAAAGUGUAUUUUGUACUAACGUUAUCACAGUGCAGUAACAGAUUUUACUUCUAAAUUUAGUGACAUUGGAUCCACAAACUUAAACCCAGAAAUCUUUCAUGAGACGAUGUGAGUUGUGUUUUUAGCACUUUGGCUCAUUAGAGGAAUUUAAAGUAUAGAAAUGUUUCCAAAAAGUUGGGAACCUUCAUGUUGAGACAACACAGUUUUAUAGCUGUUAAAUGAUAUCUUGAUUUUUUUUUCUGCUUCGCAGCUCUCUAUUGGUCUUUGUAGCUGAGAUUUUAUUUGAAAUGCAAGUCUGAUUUAAGAAAAUAUCCUUAUUACAAUAUUUAAUUGUAAAACAGGAAUUGGAUUUUAUUUAUGUCUUUCAUUAAACAUUAUAUACGAGAAAUCUGUAACUUGUUCAAAAGCAUUAUAGAGUAACAGUGAAUGCUCGUUGUGGGUGUUAAUGGCCAUUACAAGACACACAACAUGAAUGUGUUAUGUAUGUUUCUGUGUAACUCUGUUCCUGCCACAGAAGAAUGUGUGUUCUGCAAGAGUAAAGUGCUGAAUGUUUCCUGGCUUUUUAUGAAAUCAGAAUCAUGGUCUAGUGCAAUCAAAUGGCAGAUGAGAAACUUCAGUGUAAAUAUUAAAAAACAAACAACUCCCUCAAAUUCAAGAAUGCAUUACUGAUACUUCUCUUUUUCUUCUUUUAUUUCUAAGGUAAGAUAUGUAUCAUAAAUUGUCAAGACAAUAAAAUAAUUUUUUCUGCUUUUCUACUAAGUGACAUAAGGAUCUGACCUACAACAUGCUUCCACAGAGAUUUUGUAUGAAAAUACAAGCUUUACAGAUUUGAAAGAACAUGUUAAACUACUCAAUACUGCCUCAGUGUGAAUCUACUUCAAUAUACCGGAAACUGAAAACUAGUUUUGUCACUAAAAUUCAGGAAUAAAAGAAAACUUAACACC